UUGACUCUCUACCUCGAAGCCUCCUUCUUCUUCUUCUCCCAUGGCGUGCACGAUCGACUUUCGCUCGCUCGACGAGGGCUUCGGCGGCAAGACCUACAAGCGCAAGCGCGAGUCCCAAUCCUCCGCCGCGGCCGCCGAUGACGGCGCCGCCAUGGAGAUCGACGAGGCCCGCCCCCCGCCGUCGAAGCGGACGGCGAUCCCCUCGCUGGAGGACCCCGACCGGCCGACCGCCGCCCCGGCGUUCUCCUUCGGGGGGCCGACCUACGACGGGGUGAUCGCGGGGAGGGUGUCGGGGCGGAAGUGGAAGCAGCCGCGGAGGCAGCGGGCGUCGGCGGCGCGGGCGAGCGUGAAGGGGACGAGCUUCGAGGAGAGGGAGAGGCAGAAGGAGAUAAAGAGGGCGUACAGGGAGAGGAUGGCGGAGCUGAAGGAGACGAUAAGGGCGAACAAGGCGGAGAAGAGGAGGAAGAGGGAGGAGAGGGAGAAGAAGAAGAAGGAGAACAUACUGAGGUCGGGGACGAAGCUCCAGAAGAUCACCAACCCGAAGACGCUGAAGAAGCUCGCCAAGUCGAAGCAGAGGAAGCUGCUCAAGGUCGUCCCUGACGAGAUGGUCAAGAAGUGAUGCUUUCUGUGUUCUUUUUUCCAGCGUAACUUUUUUGGGCUCAUAAUUUUGCAGUUUGUGUCGUUUUAUGUAUAAGAAAAUGAAGUUUUGAAUGAGAUUAAGGUCACGUUCAUCUCU